AUGGAGAUGAGGAGUAAUUUGGAGAAAAGGGCUUCAAUUGACAGUGCUCAAGGAGAAAAUCCUUUAAUGGAAAGGAGAGGAGUGACCCAAGGUAGAGUAGAAGUAGAUAGCAUCGUUGGAGCAGGCAAGAAGACUCGGCAGUUUGGUAUCUUUAGACCCGGGCACCAGGCGACUCCAGAAAGGCAUUGGGCGGUGCUUUGUCAACAAGAGCAGGCGCCAGACUGGGGUAUGCCUUGCAAGCGCUGGGCACCAGCUGGGCGAGCCAGACGCUGUGUGCUGGCUUGGGCGGCGCCAAGAGGAGGCUGGGCGCAAGGGCUGGGCAACGCUAGGGGCAUGCUGAGCGCCAAGCUAGGCGAGAUGCUGGGCAGAUGUUGGGUGCCAGGCUGGGCGACGCCAGGUGUUGUAUGUUAG